UACCACACUAUAAAUAAACAUUCAAUUAGUUUUAUGUCGAUUUGUUGCGAAGUGAUAACAGAUAUUUUUUUUAAUAAAUGAUCGCCUGUAUAUACGACAGCAGUUUGUAGUUCUUGUGAGGGACGACUAAUUAAACGAAAAUGUCUUGUGCGUGAAUGUGCAAUAAAGUGGAAAUAUUUUGGUAUUUUAAAAAUAUAUGAUAAUUACGAAUUACUGAAUCAUAUGCACGCAAUUCACAGAAGAUUGGCAGCUGAUAAACCUUCAUUGUGGAAUAAGAUAUGAGACAUGACUUUAUUUACCUUAAAAUUAACUGAUAUCAUUUGGCCAAAAUAUUAGUGGAAAUACCACGAUUUGUUCAUAUCCGGUUUUACUGUCGGUCUUGUAUUUUUCUCGUCGUUCCCGAAGAAUUUGUCAAAUAAAGUGGUACGAACGCAGUAAGACUGAAAAGGAAUAAAACAGUGGACAUGCAAGUGAUUGUAGUGACUAAGUUAAUUUGUGUAUUAAAUGUGAUUUUAAGGACGCGAGCUUAUAAUAUAGAUGUAACGCAUCCAGUGAUAUAUGAAAAUCCAGAUGGCAAUGGUUCGUAUUUUGGAUCUUCGGUGGUUUUAUAUAGGGAUAGUCAAACAAAUAAGGCAUGGGUUAAAAUAGGAGCCCCAGGAGGCACAUAUACAUCUACCAACGACAAGUCAAAAACCAAAUCAGGCCUGCUUUACCAUUGUCCUUUCCUGGAUAACUGUCAACUAGAUGAAUCUUUGAAUUAUGAGGUUUUGACAAAUGGCUCAUGGCUAGCGGGAUCCAUGGAUGUCAGCAACGACAACAAAAUUUUGGCGGUUUCUGCAUGGAGAAGAUCCGCACCCAAGUAUUCCGCUGUCGGAGGAGUGUUUUUCCAAGACCUUAACCCAGAUUCCUUAAAAAACUCGUCCUAUUAUAUGCCUCUUGACACAAAGUUAUAUGGAUUUGUACAGCAAAAACCAUACUAUACAAAUGCUUUAUCAGGGUUUUCUGUGCAUUUUCCAAAGGGUGCCCCGCACGUGAUGGUAGGUUGUCCAGGAGUAAAAGACUUUAGAGGGACCGUAUACAGAGUAACAAAUGUCAAUAAAACUCAAAGCUCGUGGACUCACCAAGUAAUAGAUCCAGACCAAAUUUUUAAGAAUGUAGAUCAGUACGUUGGUUAUGCCAUUACUUCUGGUCGCUUUCUCCAGAACAAAAAUAUUUAUUAUGCAAUUGGUACUCCUAGAGGCUACAUGACUGAAUCCACUGUUUCAAGGGAUGGAUUUAAAUUUGCUAAUACUGGGAAAGUACACAUUAUCAAAUUCCCCGAAUCGACAGACCCAACAUCAAAUCUCUUAUAUCAACCUUCUUAUGAUAAAGCUCACCAAGUAGGCGUAGUGAAUAUUGCAACUCUCUUUGGCCAACGUGAGGUGGGAGCUAAUUUCGGGUAUUCGUUGACAGCCGGAGACUUAAACGAAGAUGGUUUUGAUGAUCUGGUGGUGGGAGCGCCUCGGAGUAAAAUAUAUUACGAUGGGUUUGAUCAUGGAGCCGUUCAUAUAUUCAAAGGGCAAGAUAUCAGCUCCGAUAAUCCUAUAGCAUAUCGAAUAGUUGGCCCAAAAUCUGAGGGACAAUUCGGCCUAGCAGUAAUGUUCUUAGGAGAUUUAGACCGUAACAAACAUGCUGAGCUGGCUAUUUCUGCUCCCAUGGAGGAAGAUUGUGGAGCUGUGUACAUUUACACAAAUUAUUAUAAAAAAAGAUUUAAUUUCACAAUGACUCAGAAAAUUCUGGGUAAAGAUAUCUAUUCUGGUCUUAGAGGGUUUGGGUGGACCAUAUCAAGACCUGUUGAUAUUGACGACAAUGGAUAUGCCGACUUUGCUGUCGGUUCGGUACUGUCCGAACAUUUGGUCGUCCUAAGAUCUAAGCCGGUAAUCCAGAUAAAUAUUAUCAAAUUUGAAAAAACUAAUCCCACGCGGGAAAAUCCCAGCUUUGUGGUCUCGUAUUGCUAUCAAUUUGAUAAGAAGUAUGUGGGCAAAUUUAGGAUUCAACGUACCCUAGAGAUAGAUCCGGAUUUAAAAAGGUUCUACUUAACAAGAGGCGAACAAAAUGAUCUUAAAGAUAAAGUUUUUGAUGCCACCAGUUUUGAAAUAUGUGAAAACAUGACUUUCGUUAAGUAUAAUUUAAGUCACGACUACGUUAAGCCGAUACCCUUGAUAUUAACGUAUGAAAUAUUUGAAGACUCCGAGCAAGCACGUCGAAAUCCAUUGGUAUUAAAUGAAAAGCAUGACUACAAUGACACAUUUUGCAAAAGUUGUCCCAUUCUGUCAAAAAAUAUUCGGGAGCCUUUAUCAGGAAACAAGAACAGAGUAAGAAGAACUAUCAUUUGGCAGCACAGAUGCAUUCAUAAUGGCGUAACGGAAAAUUGCAAGUCGAAGUUGAAUGUUCUAGCAAGACUUUUGAAUGUCAGAGAAAAUAAUACUUUGGUGUUGGGUUCCAAAGAACCAGCAGUUCUGAACGUGACUGUUACAAAUGAUGGCGAUUUUGCCAUUCCGAUAAUCCUAAAGGUGGAUUUGCCCAAUGGGGUGGCCGUUAAUAAAGGACCCAGAGAGUGUACUAUAGAUGAUAGAGUUAUUAGUUGUUUUACGAACUAUGGCUUAAAUACGACGCAGGCCAUAAUGUAUAAUUUUUCUGUAACAACAAAUAUUGAGGAGCCGGGGGAUCUGAAAUUUACUUUUACUGUAUAUAAUGACUCCGAACACGUGUCACCCGAUAGCGAGUUUAUUUUGCCCGCGAAAGCCAAAAGAGAAGUAGAUUUAGCCAUUAGUGGGUAUUCCACCGAAUCUAAAUUUCUGUACAAUGUGGAAAAAUCGAAAGCAGUUAACAUACAGAAUGUAUUUCAGAUUGCAAAAUUAGGUCCCAGUCCCUCAUUACCCAUAGAAGUGAAUCUUAUAGUCCCGUACAAAAUAAAAAGUGACGAUGGUACCUUAACUCAAAUAGUAAAUGUGUCCCUUGGCAAAGAUAUGCAGGAUACUAACUGUACCUUUUUAGAAAACUGGACAAUAGACGAAAAAAUUACUUCCCAGAUACAAAAGUUUAAGGAAAUGGGUUUUUUGAGAGUCGCUCACUUAGAUUGCGCUACUGAUAAUCUAGUAUGCAUGAGCGUAAAAUGUAAUUUAAGCUCCUAUGAAAUAAACAAAGAAAAUUCGAGGAUAUCAAUGGAUAUUGUUGCUGAUUUCUUGAACUUGGAUGACUGGUUAAAGGAAGUCGACCAAAUAAUCCUGUCGACGCAUGCCUUCAUAGUUACACCUAAUUUCAACCAAACUGGUGAUCAGCCGGAUUUCAUAGACUUGUAUAAUGUUAUAACAGUUCAACAAGCUGAGGAAAUUUCUUGGUGGAUUUUUGUUGUAUCCGCUAUAGUCGGGCUGGUUAUUUUAGUGUGUAUUUCCGUUAUACUAGGAAAAUCUGGAUUCUUCGAGAGGAAAAAGCAUAAUUUAGUCCAAAAGGCUUUGCAAGACGACAUGGACGAUGAAGAAUUGAGAGAGUUAGAGGAAAUGAUACAAAAGGAGUAUGAAACGGCUGGAGAUCCACUACAAAAAUAUUUUGACACCAAUUCCCCUGACGAAAUUAACAAAUAUUUCGAACAUUUAGAGAAGACCAGUCGAGAGCCCAUGUUAAUAAACGGGGAGUCAAGUAGUAAUUUUACGGCACCUUAGUUCUGAAGGCUAUUUAGCUUUUCUGUGUGGGGAAAUGUAUAUUAUUUAUUAUUAUUUAUUUUUUUAAAGAAAUACUAUUACUAA